AUGUAUGGCCAUGUCGGCGUAGCCCAACUGCUUCUCGACCGCGGUGCCAACGUAAACGCGGCUAAUUCUUUGGGCGAAAGGCCUCUCUUCGUGGCUGUAUUCAACGAACAUACUGAAAUGAUCAAAGUACUUAUCGACAACGGCGCUGACAUAAACGCGGCUAAUUCUUCCGGAGAAACGCUUCUCUUCAUGGCUUUAUACCGCGGCCUUAUUGAAGUAGUCAAAGUACUUAUCCAGAACGGCGCCGACGUAAACGCGGCUAAUUCUCGGGGACGGACGGCUCUUAUCGAGGCUCUAGAUCAUGACAUGAUUGGCAUGGUCAAAAUGCUUCUCGAGAACGGCGCCGACGCAAACGCGGCUGAUUGUGAUGGACGGAAACCUCUUAUCGAGUCUUUGAGACGGGGAAAAACAGAUAUGGCCGGGCUAUUUAUGGAACACGGCGCCUUGAACAUUUCGGUAUAG